UACUCCAUUCCACUUAUAAUUCUUUAUUUUAUUUGUUACAUUUCAGAGUCGGGACCCCACUUCAAUUUUGUUUGAUUUCAUGUCUGCUGCAAAUCUCCCAACUACCCACCUCUUUCACCAAAUUUCCACACUAAAUCAUUCACGAACCUCUUCAUUCAACAACUUCCUUCCAGAUUAUUUGAAUUGGGUGUCGUUGUUUUGAACUUGAAGGUUCAAAGUUGGGGCAAAUGGCGGUUUCUGGUGCAUUGAGUUGUGGAAUUGGUGGUGUGGUAAGUGAAAAUAGGGCAAUCAGGAGACAUUUUGGUACCCAAUUACUAAAACAAAAUCUUGGAAGAAAUCGAAUUGGGAUUCAAAGUAGGAGACUUAGAUUCAAUAGUGUAGUUAGGGGUUGUGGGUUGAUUAGUGAUCAAGAGGCUUUGGAUUAUGAUUUGGGUGCUUCCAAUUUGGAGGAAAGAUUAGCCGAAACAAGAGAUAGGCUCAUAAACCCAAUUGAAUUGGUGGGGACUGCCGCCGAUGCCACGCCAAGUGUGCAAACCGAGCUUGUAUUGCUUGCAUUGCCGGCCAUUGCAGGCCAAGCUAUUGAACCUUUGGCCCAACUUAUGGAGACGGCUUAUAUUGGUAGAUUAGGUGCUUUGGAGUUGGCAUCAGCCGGUGUAUCCAUAUCAAUUUUCAAUAUAGUAUCAAAGGUGUUCAACAUUCCCCUGCUUAGCGUUGCAACUUCAUUUGUGGCCGAAGAUAUAGCUAAGCAUGCACAAAUUGAAUCUGAUUCAGAAAAAAGAAGGCAAUUACCCUCAGUAUCUACCGCAUUAGUUUUAUCGGUCGCAAUUGGUAUAAUUGAGGCGGCAGCGUUGUAUUUUGGAGCCGGAAUGUUUCUCACUUUGAUGGGCAUAUCAUCAGCUUCAUCGAUGCGCAUUCCGGCAAAACGGUUUCUUCAACUUAGAGCACUCGGUGCUCCAGCCGUUGUACUUUCGCUUGCCAUUCAAGGCAUCUUCCGUGGAUUCAAGGACACAAAAACACCCGUAUUUUGUUUAGGACUCGGGAAUUUGGCAGCCGUGUUCUUCUUUCCCAUUCUCAUGUAUGUUUUCGGAUUGGGUGUGACUGGAGCUGCCAUUUCCACCAUUGCAUCACAAUAUAUUGUGACCUUUGCAAUGAUGUGGCACCUUAAUAAGAAGACAGUGCUGAAACUACCCAAAAUGAAGGAUUUACAUUUCGGUGGUUAUCUGAAAUCCGGUGGUUUUCUUCUCGGGAGAACUUUAGCGGCUGUUGCAACAGUAACCUUGAGUACAUCAAUGGCUGCUCGGCAAGGACCAAUCGCCAUGGCUGCACAUCAAAUAUGCUUGCAAGUAUGGUUAUCUUCAUCUCUUCUUGCAGACGCCCAAGCAUCGGCUGGUCAGGCUCUGAUUGCAAGUUCUUUCUCGGAACACAACUACAGCAGAGUUAAAGAGAUAACGUUCUAUGCUUUAAAGACCGGAUUAAUAACCGGGGUUAGCUUAGCCAUCAUACUGGGUCUGUCGUUCGGUUCCUUAGCCACAUUAUUCACCAACGAUGCCGAAGUUUUAACCGUUGUUAGAUCCGGUGUAUUGUUUGUGAGCGCAAGUCAACCGAUCACCGCUCUUGCUUAUAUCUACGAUGGGCUUCAUUAUGGAGUUUCAGAUUUCUCAUUUGCAGCGGUCUCGAUGAUGUUGGUGGGAGGAAUCUCAUCUGCGUUUCUACUCUACGCUCCUGGGGUUUUUGGGCUUGCCGGAGUUUGGGCAGGCUUGACGUUGUUCAUGGGAAUGCGAGCUGUUGCCGGAUAUAUAAGGUUAUCGGAGAAAAAUGGUCCAUGGUGGUUCUUGCAAGAGAUCCCGAAAACCCAGAUUGCUAUUUCACAAAAUACUUGAUCAAGGCAAGGCUCCAACUACGCCAGAAUUUCACAUUAGGAUGGUCUCUCAACAACUAUUGGGUUAAACCGUCACAUUUUGAUCUCGGUAAAAGGGUGUGAGAUUUUCUCAACGAUAUUUAGAGAGAUAUAGAGUCCGAUGAUGUUUUUUGAUAUUGAUAAAGGUCACCGUAUUGAAACUAUCGCGUUUUUACCGUGUACAUAUUUGUCGUGUUUUGGUUAUAAAGGUAAUUGUUGCCCACA